CCGCCAACCGUGUCCUCGGACAUCACUCCGAGAACCUGCGGACGUCCCUUGAAGACCUUAUCGAGAUGCCACCCACUGGCGGUGCUGUGUGAAAUAAAGCCAUCCAUCCGACUCCGGUUGGCGCAAAAAUGGCGGCAUCCGAACCGGCCGAUUCAGAGUCCGAAGAGAGAAAUGGAAAGAGCUACGAUGUCGCCGCAAACCAAGAGAAUACCCCAGAUUCGGCAAGGAAGUUACUCACCAACAGUAAAAGCAAAAAUGGGAAAGCAAGUCACCAAAAGAACCAGAAAGAUUGCACCAGGGUGGUGGUUGUGGCAUUAACACCUGAAAGGAGAAGAGAAACAUGGGACAAGAAGGUGGAGUUCUUGCUUGCAGUCAUUGGAUUUGCGGUUGACUUGGGUAACGUGUGGAGGUUUCCUUACAUUUGUUACCAGAACGGGGGAGGUGCGUUCCUGAUACCAUACACUGUGAUGCUUCUGUUUGGCGGCCUUCCCUUGUUCUACAUGGAGCUGGCUUUAGGACAGUUUCACAGAAGUGGUUGCCUUACCAUCUGGAAAAGGAUUUGUCCUGCUCUUAAAGGUGUGGGAUAUGCAAUAUGCUUGAUAGACAUCUACAUGGGCAUGUACUACAACACGAUCAUUGGUUGGGCACUGUAUUAUCUGAUAACCUCCUUCCAAUCAGAACUACCAUGGACGACUUGUCGGAAUGAAUGGAAUACCAGAGCCUGCAAACCUGUCACGGAGUUCAGGCCGAAUCAGACCAUAUUGGCCUCCAGUCCAGCCAGGGAAUUUUUUGAACGAGAAGUAUUAGAACAGUACAAAUCUGAUGGCCUGAACAGAAUGGGUCCCAUCAAGCCAGCAUUAGCCUUAUGCGUUUUCGCCGUGUUUGUUCUAGUUUAUUUUUCUUUAUGGAAAGGCGUUAGAAGUACUGGAAAGGCAGUAUGGAUAACAGCUCUUGCUCCAUACGUAGUACUGAUAAUACUACUAGCAAGGGGUGUAACCCUCCCAGGUGCGGCGGAUGGAAUCAGGUACUACCUCACACCAGAUUGGAAGAAAUUAUACAACACAAAGGUAUGGAUAGACGCAGCUUCCCAAAUAUUUUUCUCACUGGGUCCUGGUUUCGGGACCCUGCUAGCCUUGGCCAGCUACAACAAAUUCAACAACAACUGCUAUCGAGACGCCAUCUUGACCAGCAGUAUCAACUGUCUUACCAGCUUUUUGGCAGGAUUUGUGAUUUUUUCGGUGCUUGGCUAUAUGGCUCACGUGCAACAUAAGAGUAUAGAAGAUGUCGGACUAGAAGGUCCGGGCUUAGUAUUCAUCGUCUAUCCAGAAGCGAUAGCAACUAUGAGUGGCAGCGUCUUUUGGUCGGUAAUCUUCUUUUUGAUGCUGAUCACUCUAGGUUUGGACAGCACUUUUGGGGGCUUAGAGGCCAUGAUCACAGCCUUAUGUGAUGAAUACCCCAGGGUCCUGGGCAGGCACAGAGAAUUGUUUGUGGCUGCACUACUUUUAGGAAUAUAUGUGUGUGCUCUUCCUACUACCACUUAUGGUGGUGUCUACCUAGUGAACAUGCUCAAUAUCUAUGGUCCAGGCUUAGCGAUACUGUUCGUGGUAUUUGUAGAGGCAGCUGGCGUUUGUUGGAUAUAUGGAACUGAAAAUUUCGCCAGAGAUAUAGAAAAAAUGAUAGGACACAGACCUGGAUUAUUUUGGAGGAUAUGUUGGAAAUAUAUUAGUCCUGUAUUUAUCCUGAUAAUUUUCAUCUUUUCGUUACUAAGCCACGAAGAAAUGCUUGGUACAGAAUACAAAUAUCCAGAAUGGAGCUUAAAAGUAGGCUAUACACUCACGGCCUCAUCCAUAGUGUGUAUACCUCUCUAUAUCAUUUACAAAUUCAUCAUAACUCCAGGAAAUGUUUUGCAGAGGUGGAAAAUGAUCUGGCAAGCAGAACAUUCGUCAGACAACAGUGCGUUUACCUACUGUGGAAGCACAGACGUCUGACCUGGAAGCAUCUCAGACACAUCUCGUUCCUGUACAAUUGAAUGGUUAGUGUAAGAUCUCAAUGUCAUUAGGCAAGUUUUGAUAGACCAAAUGGUUAUUACCCUGGAGCUCCGUUGCUAUCUGAAAUAUUUAUGGAUCAAAGUUUUGGUAAACAGGGUGCUUCGGAAAAAUGCGGCAAUACGUAAAGUUCAUAACACUCUAUGUUAAUAUAAUUUUGAAAUAGAAAAAACUUAGAUCUUCGAAAUUGUUUGAUAUAUUGAAUUGAAAUUUUCUACAUUUGGUACUGACAUCGAAGCUAAUAUAUACAGACAUGUCAAUGCCUAAGACUAUACCAGUGGUGUAGAAAUUGAGCAAACAUGACCCCCUAAGAAAAAAUCGUGUUCUACACCACUGAAUUUUUUGGAAUAUAUACUGCAUUUCUAAAUGAGGUAUUCAAUUUCACAUGAAUUGCCUCUCUUAAAAACUGUUGUUCAAACUUCAACCCGUUCUACUUUAAGAAUACUCUAAUCUCACUGUAACAUUAUUUAAACAAUGUUCAUGUUUUCUAUUUAUCCAGUCUCAUCAGUGCAGUCGCGCACAAAUUUACAAAGCUCUGUAUCUUGGUAAUAAGAUAUUUUAGAACCUAUGUUUAGAGGCCAUAUCGUCAUUCCUUCCUACAAUUGUAGGACGCCUUUAUAGCCUCCAUGAUUCUCAUACUUUUUUCUCUCCUUCAGAAAGACUGGAGUAUUUCUAAGUUUCUACUGUUUGCUAUCCUUUAUUUGUGAAUUGUAGGAAAUUUCGAUGCUCUAAAUCCAAAGCAUGAACAAUUUGAUGCAAAUAGAUAUUUGUAACAUAACCUCAAAAUAGAGCACUGAGACGGAACAGUAGAAAACUAUGAAAAUCAAGGAGGCCAUAAAGGCGUCCUACAAUUUUAGGAACGACAGACGACACGGCCCUUACUUUUUAUCCCAAAAGUAUUGCCACGUUUUUCUGAAACAUCUUGUAGAUUUUAUUCCAAAAGGCAGUAAAAAACACUUUUCCAAUCAAAACAUUAUUCUCUUUAUAAUAAUAGUAUAUUACAACAAAGACAUGCAUGUAUACAGAGAUAUGACGGAAUUCCAAGGUAGUCGUAAAAAAUAGUCCUUUAAGCUCAUUUUGUAGAUGGUAGAUGGUAAGCUUUAUAUACUGGUUUAGCGAUAAAUAUAUACAAAUGGUGAUUUGAAUAUAUUGAUUAUAAAAAUGUUACAAUUUUGAUCGAAUAUCAGCCAUAUUUGAUUGUUAAUUGAAGAUUUUUUAAUAAGCGUUACGUUGUUGUUAAAUGUUAAUCGAUAGUGAUUUUAUAGAUGAUAUCCUCGUAAUAAAUUGAUAGAUCUCAUAAUGUUGUGAUACAUAUGUAAUCUAAUCAAAUAAUAUUUGUCCAUUAGAUCUGAGUGGUUAGAGCUAGCGCACAUCCGGAUAUGGCAGGCGAGUAGAGCAUUAUAAAUAAUAUUCUUUCCGACAGGACACAUUUGACGAAAGAAAUGCUCUAACGGUACCGUGCGCAUCUGCAUACCAACAGUUUGCAACGAGAGCAAUAGUAUAAGGGACAGUUGAGCGUCGGAAAAAUUUGUAGAUCGUGGGAAAACAACGGUAUCCUUUGAUGUGUGCUGCUGGUCCCGCUGCUGCUGAUGAUGCUGGCGCUGGUACACCAGGUGACACACCAGGUCUUGCUGCUGCAAAAUCUUCCCAGGCUUAGCUACCUCUUAUACUAAUGAAAGCUCCCUUUUUGGUAUCCCACAACGUGCGCUACAAUAGCCCAGAAGAAUUUUUCUCCAACGGCAUCAGAGAGCAUGAUUUGGGAUCCCGCGGACAGAUGCUGGCAUGCCGCGGUAUUCCUUCCACAAGAGAUUUUCCUCAUCCAUGUUCGCUGCCGGAAAGGAAAUCCAUUUCUAUGUUCUCCAGCUGUGCGAUAGCAUAGAAAAUUAAAAAUAAAUAUGGCAACCAGCCAAAGUCAUAUUUAUUUUGGUUAUGUAUAAAGACAGAGUAUCGCGGAUGUAGAAUAAUUGGUGUAAAAAGCUAUAAAUUUAAAUUUUACCGUUUGUUAUGACCUUGCAUUAACAGUUCGUGAAAUAUUUCCCUAUUAUUUUAUCCAAUUUAAGACACUACCAUUGUUAGUUCUCGAAGAUUGAUGCAUAGUGAUUACCGUUGAGAAAAAUCUAUACCGUCAGCAUCCGUUGGCAUAUUGCGGCAUCUGACCUACGUAUGAAAGUAUCUACAGACUUGACUGAAAGAUACCGCGGCAUUUCGAGAUUUCUCGCUGCGGAAGAACUUGUCCUCCAAUAACGAAGGAUUUUUAUCUGUCGGCAUCGAAGAACACGCUGAGGAAUACGGUGGAGGGAGGAGUCGGAUUGCCGCAGCAUCCUCUGUCAGCAACGUUGUAGACAUUCUCGCAAGCUGGCAGGAUGCCACUUUAUGCCGAUGGAUACUCACGGCAUCAGUGUGCGCUGCUUGAAGAACAAUUCUUUUCGAUACUUUUGCAUGCUUUCUUUAGGUACGAGCUCGCCGUAAGCUUAAUGAAUGUGUUAUGAAUUGUAUAAAUAGGAGAAAAUAGACGUAAAUAUACUUAAUGUAAAGGCCUGCAAAAAGCAUUAUUAUAAAUGUUAUGUCAUAUGCAAGUAUUCUUAUAAUGCUAACGGUUACUAUAAGAGGCAUUAAUGCUGUCCUAAUUAAUUGCGUUUGGCCCCUUCAUUAACUAAACAUUUUGUAAGCCAUUGUACAUAAUAUACCAUAUUCUGUUUUUUAGUAUGUACACUGCGUAAGACAAUAAUUUAGUUUUUCGUUAAGUUUUAAAAGGGAUUGAAAACUUAAAUAGCUGUACGAUUCAGAGGGCCUACCUCUAUUUAAGUGUGGACAUUCCCUCCGACAUAGUUUUUAAGAGAUAAUAAAUGGAGUAACUCAGCCAUUACUACAUUUAGCUAUAUGGGUAUUGUAAUAAUAAUUCCUAACAAACAACGAUCUAUAGUAGUAUAAUGUAAGUAUUUAUUCAUUUUGUAUGUUUUUAGUUUUAUGGAAAAAUCAUUUUAUAAUUAAUAUCACUUGCGUUUCUCAAACAGCCAUGAAAUGCAAGUGGUAAUUCAUACUGUUAUUUAUUG